AAAUCAGGUGAGCGUAUCUUACCCACGAGUCACACGACUCACAACUCAAGCUGCUAGAGUCAUAGGUGGAAGUAAAAACCAGAGAUUGGGAUUUCUUUGUUCGCUCAUGAGACUUGAUUCUCCACCAGCUUGGAAGAGAAGGAGAUUCACCAUCGUUGAUCCGAUGGACUUGGAGUUAGCAAAGGCGAAGCUUGCAGCUGCAAAGCAAAAAUUUGGACGAGAAAUCCGUGUGUUUGAAACUUCAAUCACUUCUCAAUCGGCAAAUGAUGAGUCCAAUAGCGAGGAGAAUGAUGCCUUCUAUGAGUUCACUGCUGAGGACUAUUAUAAAAUUCUGGCUACUAAAAAGGAAGAUAAAUUCUUGAAGACAAGGAAAAUCCGAGAAGCAGAAGAGGCUGCUCGCAGAUCGAGGAUAACUAAGGCUGUGAUAAGAGUCCGCUUUCCCGAUAAUUACACAUUAGAGGCCACGUUUCAUCCAUCAGAGACAAUCCAAAGCAUAGUUGAUCUCCUCCUCAAAGUGGUUACUCGACCAGAACUACCAUUUUAUAUAUAUACUACUCCUCCUAAGAAGCAAAUAAAAGACAUGACACAAGAUUUUUUCUCUGCUGGCUUUGUUCCUGGUGCAAUUGUGUAUUUUUCAUAUGAUCUACCAAAAGUUUUCUCUUCAGGUGAUGAUAAUGAAGCUGCACCAGGUCCCUUCCUUCAAGAGGAGAUCUUGUCUUUGAAAGGCUUGGAACUAAUCACUGAACAGGCUGAACCUGUGGAACCUGCCCAACCUGCACCAGAAACUGUAAUAGCGAGUCCCUCCCCUGUUGUAAAAGAGCGAAAGCCAGCUGAUAAGAAAGCAGUUAAGCCGAAGUGGCUGAAAAUGUGAUAUGGAUGACUACGUGUGGACUUCAACAUUAACCUUCUCUUAUGUGCAGUCUCGUAUUUAAAAGUGGAUUGAAGGCAGAUGGAACAGGAGGAAGACAUCUAUGCUUGAAUAUGGUAAAAUGCUUCAAGAGUUGGCAAUCGUCAUGUAUUAUUAAUGCUAUGAGUCAAUGUUUAUUAUAUAUAUGUAUGAAUUACCGAUCUUCUGGAUGGUAUCGUAAAUUCUUUUUUUAUUAAAUUGCUUUAUUCUCUC